UGUAUCCUUGCAGUUGCCAACGACAAUGCCCCAGUUCAUGCUUUGAGACCUGGCUUCCUGUCGACGUUUGCUCUGGCCACUGAUCAGGGCAGCAAACUGGGCCUUUCUAAGAACAAGAGCAUCAUCUGCUAUUAUAACGCCUACCAGAUUGUGCAGUUCAAUCGGCUACCACUGGUCAUCAGCUUCAUUGCCGGCAACACUGCCAACACAGGUAAAGUUUGAGCCAGCGAUCAGCAGAGUGUCG